AUGGACAUGCCGGUUAAUGUUCCGAUAGAUAACCCGGAUGCAGAUACAGAAUGGAACGACAUCCUCCGCAAGCAUGGCAUCAUUCCCGAAAAGCCACCGGAUCCUGAACCAAUAAUCCAAGAAGCGCUCCUAGAAGCCGCCAAACGCGCCCACGAAAACCGUCUCGAAGACAAGGACCUCGACGAACUCCACGAGCUGGAGGACGAAGAGGACGAGGCUUUUCUCGAAACGUACCGCCAAAAGCGCCUGGCGGAGUUGUCAAGUCUGCAGAAGAAAUCUGUCUAUGGGCAGGUCUAUCCUCUUCAGAAACCGGACUAUGCGCGGGACGUCACCGAGGAGUCGUCCAAAGCCUUUGUGUUGGUCAAUUUGACGUCUUCAACAGGCACGAACAUCGAGUCUCGCGUCCUUUCCGAGAUUUGGAGGGAGGCGGCGAGGAAGUUUGGGGACGUCAAAUUCUGCGAAAUCAGGGCGGAUAUGUGUAUCGAGGGUUACCCUGAUCGGAACACGCCUACCAUUCUGGUAUACAAGGACGGCGACAUCAAGCGCCAGAUUGUGACGCUAGGUCAGCUUAACGGCGCAAGGACGAAUCUGAAGGACAUUGAGAGGGUCCUCGUCGAGGUUGGGGCUCUCCAGGAGAGCGACGUGCGCCUGAAGCGGAGGGAAGAAGACGACGACAGCAGCAGGGAUAACCAUGACGAUGGCGACGAUGAUUGGGACUAA